ACGCACUUUUGCUUUGCUCCGCUCCAAGGUCACCUCUCUUGCUUAAAAAAUAAAAAAAAGAAGAGCUCUCUGUCGCUUUGCCGCAACCAACUUUCAUACUCGUCUCGUGUUUACACUCUCCGUCUCCGAUUGUCUAUAAAUUUAUGAUCAUCGCGAGCCAAAUGCGGAGUUGGUGAUCCUUAACUGACAAAAAUGGAAAACCGUGUAGUGGAGAACGGAGUGUGUUCAUCGGAAUCGGUCAAUGGAGCUCAAGAUAUUUGGAGUUCUAACAAUUCUGAUGCUUCUUCAGCCGAUCAUCUGGUGGUCAUGAUGCAUGGAAUUCUCGGAAGUUCUGCAGAUUGGAAGUUUGCCGCCGAGCAGUUUGUUAGAAUGCUCCCUGAUAAAGUAUACGUUCAUUGUGGUCAAAGAAAUACGGCCAAGCUUUCAUUAGAUGGUGUGGAUGUAAUGGGGGAGCGAUUGGCACAGGAGGUCCUUGAUGUGAUUAAACUUAAGCAAAGUUUACGUAAGAUUUCGUUCCUUUCACAUUCAGUUGGAGGACUAGUGGCAAGGUAUGUCAUUGGGAAAUUGUAUAGACCUUCUAGAAGGGAGGCUGUGGAGGGUGAAGAGGAAUCAAAGGGUACAAUAGGUGGUUUAGAGCCUAUGAACUUCAUUACCGUUGCUACACCUCAUCUUGGUUCAAGGGGUAAUAAGCAGGUACCCUUUCUUUUUGGUGUACCUGUCUUUGAGAAAGCUGCUGUUCUUGUUAUUCAUUUGAUAUUUAGGAGAACGGGCCGGCACCUUUUUCUUACUGAUAAUGAUGGUGGAAAGCCUCCAUUACUCAAACGCAUGUUAGAAGAUUACGGUGAAUUUUACUUCAUGUCUGCAUUACGUUCAUUCAAACGCCGAGUGGCAUAUUCAAAUGUUGGCUAUGACCAUAUUGUGGGCUGGAGAACAUCAUCAAUUAGACGUAACAGUGAACUUCCUAAGUGGCAGGAUUCUUUAAAUGAAAAAUAUCCACAUGUAGUAUAUGAAGAACACUGUAAGGCAUAUGAUACUGAGCAAUGUGAAUCCGUUGUAAUAGAAGAUGAGGGUCCCAACAAGCUAGAAGAGGAACUUGUGACUGGCCUAUCCCGUGUGUCAUGGGAAAAAGUAGAAGUCAGUUUUCACUCUAGCAAAUUGAAGUCUGCUGCUCAUAGUCUGAUUCAGGUCAAAGAUCCACUCGUGCAUUUUGAAGGUGCAGAUGUCAUUCAACAUAUGAUUGAUAAUUUUCUUGUUUAGUCCCACACUGACUCUAUUGUUGCAUCGCAGCUGAUAAUGCAUGUUGUAUUAUUAGGUAAAAGCUACGAUGCGCCAAAAUCCCCAUUUUUUGGGGGGAUCACAGGAGUUGUAUUUAUGACUUUGGGUUGCAGGUAGAAAAGUGGUCAGGGCUCUCAGUGCUAGCCAACUCUACCAAAAACUAUGGUUUAAGGAAUACUUUGCUAUUAGAAAUUUUGUUUAUUCAUUUAUCUUGUCCAGUGUACAUGAACAUGCAAUAUUUAUGGAUAGAAUGGAAAUGAGGCAACGGUAAUAUUUCAUGAA